AUGGCACCCUCGCACCGACCCCUCUUCGGAGGUUCCCGAGCCUGGAACCCCUCAGACUGGACCACGUCCGACGACCGCGUCCGCGGCGGCUCCUCAAUCUCAACCCUAAUCUGCUCCCCAUCCUCCCUGACAGCAAUCUUUUCGGGAAACCUAGACAUCAAAACAUUAGGCGGCGCAGGUUUCGCCUCCCAACGCACAUCAGGCGAAGACCGAACCUGGGAUCUAUCGGACUUUGACGGGAUCGAACUUGUCCUUGAUGGGCGUCUCAUGGACGGGAAGUUCUAUACUCUUACGCUGAAGGAUGAAAUCCUUCCUAAGAGGUCUGAUGGACGGGAACAAAGUACUGUUAGUUGGGAAUUUGAUUUCAAAGCUACGGAGGAAAAGCUUUUCGUGAGGUUUUCGGAUUUGAGACCGACGUAUCGGGGACGGGAAAAGAAGGAUGUUGAGCCGCUGAAUUUGAAGAAUAUCAAGAGGUUUGGGAUUAUGAUGAGGAGUUUCUUUGGUGAUCAGGAAGGUCCUUUUGAGUUGGGGAUUGUUUCUAUCUCUGGGUUGCGUCUUGAUAAGCAUUUGGCUCAAGCUGGAUCGGUUCAUAGUGAUGAGGAGGAUGAGGAUGAUGAGGUUUUUGAUGAGAAGGAUGUUGCUUGGGGACGGAAAAGGCGUUCUGGAUGGUUCUCGUGGUUGAGAUCUUGUCUUGGAUGA